CAACAGUCACGGUUUGGUAGCCAGGCUUAUGGGCCUGACUCUCCGGAGAAGUGCGGAGAGUGAAAGAGCGAGGAGACCCCAUUUCUUUCUCACCGACGAGAAACACGCAAAGUUAUAAAACUAAUAUGGCCGUCUAACAAUGUCAGAUAUUCGCGAGUUUAUUGACAAAAUCGCGGUUUAAGUGUAGCGAAAUGGAUCACAAAAAGUCCCCAAUUCGUCGAACAAAGCGUCAAUCUAAAGUGUUGGAGGACAAUUUCUGGGAUUGCAGUGUAUGCACGUACAGAAAUACAGCCGAAGCAUUCAAGUGUUUGAUGUGUGACGUACGAAAAGGUACAUCAACGCGAAAACCACGCCUCAAUUCAGCCCUGGUUGCACAGCAAGCCGCCACCCUACCUGGAGCAUCAUCAGGUGUCGGACUACCCAAUGGCACGGGCCCCAAACCCCCGCCAGGUUCCACAUCUGCAAAAAUGUCCUCGCGAAAUAAGCAUAAACACACGAAGAAGUUUGCUAGGCUGAAAAAUGUUGAUCGCUCGAGUGCCCAAACACGCGAGGUCACCGUCAAUUCCGUGACUGUCGUGAUCACGGAAUACAAACCCAAACCAAUUGUUAAUCGACGUGAGUCAAGUGACCAAAGUUUGAGUGAAAGUAAUGAUUCGCGUAGCUAAGUUAAAUCUACAAAAAAAAAACAAAUUAAAAAAAAACACCCACACUAAAAACUUCUUUUAAAAAAUAAGUGUUAAAAUGAAGCCCAAAAAAGGAGAAUUUUAGGAGAAAAAAAAUAAAUUAAAGGUGAAUCCGGAAGAGAAAUUCCUGAGCUGCGCGAAAUCUUUCUUUCUUUCUUUCAUCAAGAGGAGUGAAUGAUGCAGCAUAAAUCCAUUUUGUAUCACGCACGACAUGCUCAAAAAACAUUAAAAAAAAAUAAACUAAAAGAAACCCUUAUAGAGAGACAUUAAAAAAAAAAGAAAAUAAAUUAAUAAAAGAAGAAAAAUCUAUAAUGCAACAAGAAAAAAAUUAAAUUGCAAAAAAACACGGUGUGAUAAUAAAUUUAGCGGAGAAAGAAGAGAUGAGAGAAAAGUAAGUUAAUUAUUUUGGAUAUAUAAGAGAAUAUAAGAAAUGCUAAAAAGUAAUUUAGUGUAGCACCAAAAUGGUUUUCAUUUCAUGUGGACAGCUCACAGAUAACUAAAAAAAAGCAAGUACAGCAUAAAAGAAACCCAUAGAGCAUUGCAAGCAUUGGACAUAUCGGUUGCUGGGAAGGUGGAUAUAGAGAGAGAUAUUCGAUGAAGAAGCUCUAUAACUUAAGAUAAAUAAAAAAAAAAUACAUACACAUAAGAUACAUAGUGCUGUAAAUCGUAAAGAAAAAAUUUCCUCCAAAUAACAAAAAUAUGAUUCCAACCCACACAAAUUUCUCUCAAUGAAAGCAAACCAAUUUUGAGAAACUUCGAAUAUUUAAUGUGUAUAAAAAUAUAUAUAAAAUAAAAUAAAAUAAAAUUUAGUAACUAUAAAAUGCAUUGGGGAGUGUGCUACUUGAGAAAUUUAUAUUAUUAAAAAUUUCGAAAGGAGUGUAGAGAUACAUAGCGUGAAUUUUGUAAUAUUUGCAUUCACUGCCUGAUUUUAAUUUUCUGAAAAAGAAAAAUAAAUGGGAAUUAUUGGGGUUAGAUUCUUAAAAAUUAAUUAAAUUUGAUUCACUGCCAAAUCAGUGCAGUUCUCAAAGGUCAUUCUUAGGAGACGCCCUGUGUGACAUCGAGUCAUUUUUGCGUAAAGUAAUUGGUAAAAAAAAUUACAUUAAAAAAUUUCUAUUCAUAUUUAGAUUUAUUCUUGCAUUAGGGGAUGUCAGAGGAAGCAAGAAGGGGCAGUUAGAGUAGUUCUAGGAUGAGUUUCUGUGCUCCUUUUCACGUACAUUUUGACAAUCAGAGGAAGAGAUGGAAAAAUUCAACUAGAAAUUAAAUAUGUAUAAUUGAAUACAUUUUGAGAAAUUUUGGAAUAAAAUUCAUAAUUUUUUGUCAAGUUCAAUGUAAAAGUAACUGCUAGAAUUUAUAUGAUUUCGAAAGUAUUGGGAUUUAAUUACCUUUUUUUGAACUUUGGGCUAUCAGACGGCCUUCAUCAGUCAGAAAUGAUUAAACUUUCAACCUUAAAAAAAAAAUAUUUUCAUCUCUUUCUCCUUUAAAAAAAAUAUCUUUACACCUAAUCACAAAAAUUACAAACCCUUAAGGACACAGAACGUAACUAGAAACUCUUUUACUGAACCUCUUCUUUCAUUGACAGAUUAAUUCUUUUCCACACACCAAUUAAACCAAGUUUAAUUUGUCUUCCUUCAUUAACCUAAAACAAAAAAGUGAAUUUUCGGACAUAAAAUUGCAAAAAAAAAAUUCGCCAAACCUUUUCAAACCCCAAAAAGAAGACAAAAAAUCAUAAAAUGAAACAAUAAAUAGGAAAUAGGAAAAUAAAUCCGAAGGACAUCUAGCAAAAAAGAAAACAUAGAAUAAUGAAAUUCUUCAAAUUUUCAUUUUUUUUACUUUAAGCCAAGACUGAUUAUUAAAAAUAAACAGUGUUGACAGAGUCAACGUGUUUUUGUGUUUGAUUGCAAGAGAUGAAGUUGAUAAAAAAAUAAAUAAAUCACCCUUUGAGGAGGAUAUUAAAUGCAACGAAAAAUAGGAUGAAUUAUAAAAAUUCCUGCUCUUAAAUUAAAAUUGAUUUUUUUAAUUAUUAAAAUUAUUUCACCUUUUUUGUGUACAAUUUAUAACGACUGAAAAGCCAAUUUAAAAUAAAUAAUUAUAUAUAUUUUGUUUUUAGUGAGUGGUGAAUCUAAAUAUUUAAAUAAAUAAAAUUUCAAUUUCAAAAAAACCCUGAUAUUUGUAUAUAAUAAAAGAGAUAAAAUAAUCAAUUCGUAAUUUUAUUCUUGUUUAUAAAUACAAAAAAUAUAUAUAUUAAUUCUGUAUUUCACUUAAAUUGUCAUUAUUUUGUGUAAAUGUAAUUUAAAUGUAUAAAAAAGAAUAAAGCAAAUACAACCAUAUAAAUAAUUUUCUAAUAAGAUUAAUAAAAAAAAAGAAUAUUCUAUAUAGAGGAAAAAAUGAGGGUUGUCCAUUUUUAUUAACUAAAAAAAACAAAGAAUAUAUAAAGUAAAAAUAAAUUCUAUACCACUUUAUAGCUUCUAUUUGGUCACUGUCUUGAAGAAAAUGAAAAAGGAGUAAAAAAAAAACUAACGAAUAUUCUUUUCAGGAGGAUUUAAAUGAAUAUUAAAGUGAAAAAUGGGAGAAAAUGUGAAUAAAUUGAAUUUGAAAAAAAUAUAUUGAUGUGUGUGAGUGAUUGUAAUUAAUUUUUGAGUUGGAAAUAAAUUUAGAAAAUUAAAUUUUAUAAAAAAUAACAAAUUAUUUCUGGUCAACCCACCUCCAAACAACAAUAUAACAAUAAAAACAAGCACUUAAUAUUAAAACUAAUACUGUGUAAAGUGUCACUGUGACUAAUUUAGUUAAUUUCUACUCUCAUAAUAUUAUUUUAUAAAAAUAAUAUUUAAAUAAAACAAAUGGCAAAGGAAUAGAAACACCCAUUAAUCAAUAUCUCAAAAAUGCAUAGCAAGAAUAUUUUUUCUUUCCCGUUUUUUGUACCACAAUAUUGCCCAUUUUGAGGCCCCACAAAAAAUAAAAUUUUAUAUUAGAAUUAAAGAUGAAAAAAUAGGGGAUGAAAUAGCAAAAAAAAAAGUUUUAUUUUCUAGAAUGAAAAACAAUAAUUUUUAUCAGUAAAUAAUCUAAAUAAAUAGAAAUAUUUCAAGGAAAAAAAUGUAAAAUCACAUAGCAUGGCAAAGAGGAAAAAAAGAAAAAUAAAAUUUAUGAUUUUAUAGUAAAGGAAGAAGAUGCUAAAAUAAUUAUUUGUUAAAUUAAA